GACGAGGUACCGCCAACAUUCUUUUCCGAGUCCAUCUCCUCUUUGUGGCCGAAAAGGGUAAACGCUUCCGCAGCAGCGUAUAAACCUAGCCGUCUGGACAAGGCAUAUAGACUGGUUUCGAACCACGGAAACACAUUUUGUCCAAUCGAGAAUUUGGACGACGACAAGAGACGACAAACAACAGACGACAGUGCACUGCAUCAGAAGGGGGAAAAAAAUUCGAAUCGACCCCCGUCUUUUCGACUCGCCGUCAACAUGUCGACGACGCAACUCGCCGACGUCGUGGCCGACCGGCUGCCGCUCAUCGCGUCGGCGGCCGUCAUACUGGGCGUGACGUUUGUGGUGCAGUACUUUUUCUUCAAGGACCCCUUGGCCAACGUCCCCUUUGUCGGCACCGAGUUUGGCGGAGAGGAGGCCCGGAGGGAGCAGUUCCUCAAGGACGCAAAGCCGUUUUAUCUCGAGGGGUUUCGCAUGAACAAGGUGCACAAGGUGACGUCGCCGAGGACCGACACUACCGUUUCAAUCCCCGCCGAGUUCCUGGAGGAGCUCAAGAGGCUGCCCGAUGACACCAUCAGCUUUGGCGGUGCCGUGAACGAGGUCAUGGCCGGCAAAUACACUGGAAUCGAUGGGAUUGAGCCAACUGCACCGCACUUGGUCAAGAGCCACCUCACCCCGGCCCUCGCCAAAAUCAACCCCGUCCUCACCGAAGAAGUCGCCCGCACCGUCCGCGAGGAGCUCGGCUCGCUCGAGGACUGGACCGAGGUCAACAUCCACAGCAAGCUGCUGCGCAUCGUGGCCAUCGUGUCGGGGCGCAUCUUUCUGGGGCCGGAGCUGUGCCACAACGAAAAGUACAUCGAGUCGGCCAUCUACUACACGAUGGAGCUCAACCAGGGCCGCCAGGCCAUCUUUCGGCUCCCGGCGUGGCAGCGGCCGUUCCGCGCCUGGUUCCUGCCCGAGAUCAAGAACCUGCACAAGCGCGAGCGCGAGUUCUACGCCCUCAUCGAGCCCAUCGUCAAGGCCCGCCGCGAGGCCCGGAGGUCCGACCCCAACUACCAGGCCCCCGACGACAUGCUCACCUGGCUCGAGGAAUCGCAGGACAAGACCACGCGCAAGAGCAUCCGCGAGAUUGCCAAGCUGCAGCUGGGGCUCAGCUUUGCCGCCAUCCACACCACCACCAUGACCACGACCAACAUCAUCUACGACCUCGCCGCCCACCCCGAGAUGAUCGCCGAGCUGCGCCAAGAGGCCUCGGCCGCGCUGGCCGCGCACGACGGCGCCUUCACCGCGCCGGCGCUGCACACCAUGAAGAAGAUGGACUCGGUCAUGAAGGAGAGCAUGCGCAUGAACCCGGCCGGCUACUCGGCCUUUAUGCGCAAGGUGCUCAAGCCCUUUACGCUGUCCAACGGCCAAGAGAUCCCCGCCGGCGUCACCAUCGAGGUCCCCGGCUACGGCGUGUCGCGCGACCCCGAGACCUUCCCCAACGCCGACAGCUGGGACGGCCUGCGCUUCUUCAGGCUGCGCGAGUCGGGCGAGACGGUCGGCAGCUCCAAGCAGGGCGGAGGCCGCGCGUCCGCCGUCGAGGUCAGCGCCCAGAACCAGUUCGUCAGCGUGUCCAAGAGCAGCCUCGGCUUCGGGUACGGCCGCCACGCCUGCCCCGGCAGGUUCUUUGCCUCCAACGAGGUCAAGAUGAUCCUGGCCAGGCUGGUCCUCAACUACGAUGUGAAGCUGGCUGGCGGUGCCACGGAGAGGUACAAGAACAUUGAGGCUGCCGGAUCGUGUGUUCCCGACCCUACCAAGAUGCUUCUUUUCAAGGAGCGUGCUUGAACUCUGCAGCAGACGACACGAUGAAGAAUAAAUUUCGCGAAACAUCUUUGUCGGCAUGGCAUUGCGGUGUUUAUAGAAGCAGAGCGCGGUUGAUUGGGUACGAAGCAGACUUACAAAGGAUGUAGCAUGCUUGUUUUCUUUUUCUUUUGUGCUUAUAGCAAAUGCAAUUUUCAAUGAGCGUCAAGAUUGAUGUUUGGAGUCGAUAUUAAGUAGCGAAUCAUUCU